GGCAGGCCCAAGUGGGCGGGGACUUCAGCUUGGACCGGAAGAGAAGAGACGAACACAGAAACGGCUAACAAACGAUGGCAGCGAUCAGGAAGAAGCUGGUGAUAGUGGGAGACGGAGCGUGUGGGAAGACCUGCCUGCUGAUCGUCUUCAGUAAAGACCAGUUCCCAGAGGUCUACGUUCCCACCGUGUUUGAGAACUAUGUGGCCGACAUCGAGGUGGAUGGAAAACAGGUGGAGUUAGCGUUAUGGGACACAGCAGGACAGGAGGACUAUGACAGACUGAGGCCUCUCUCCUACCCCGACACCGACGUUAUACUCAUGUGCUUCUCUGUUGACAGCCCCGACAGCUUAGAAAACAUUCCAGAGAAGUGGACUCCGGAGGUGAAACACUUCUGUCCUAAUGUUCCCAUCAUCCUCGUGGGCAACAAGAAGGACCUGAGAAAUGACGAACACACACGCAGGGAGCUGGCCAAGAUGAAGCAGGAGCCAGUGAAUUCGGAGGAGGGCAGAGACAUGGCUAACAGGAUCAGUGCGUAUGGCUACCAGGAGUGUUCAGCCAAGUCCAAGGACGGAGUCAGGGAGGUGUUUGAAAUGGCCACCAGGGCGGCGCUACAGGCUAAGAAACGUGGCAAGAAGAACGCCUGCACACUCUUAUAGGCCCUGGGGAGAAGUUGUGGACCAGUUUUACCCUCCCCAAAUCCAUUGGUAACCAUUAGGGAUGGGUAGGCUUAAAACGGGUCUCAAAUCUGUGUCUGUGGGAAACUUCAUAUAGAAGCCCUUUUAUAAGGCGUGUAUCCCAAAUGGUACCAUAUCCCCUAGAUAGGGCCCCUAGGGCCCUGGUUAAAAGUAGUGCACUAUAUAGGGAAUAGGGUGCCAUUUGGGACUGGAGAUUGUGGAGGUGAGGGGUUAAGACCAGAAAGGGUUAAAUGCUUAAUGUUUCAAUACGCUAGAUCUGAAAGAAAUGGAUAGGUAUCAACAGUUAAUCGAAUAAAAUCCCAAUCAAAGUUAAUUUGUCAUAUCCACUGGAUACAGCGGGGUGUAAACGGUACAGUGAAACGCUUGCUUCUCUCAACAGUGCAGUAACCAACAAGACAUUUCCAUUUGAUGUUUUAGUCAUUUAGCAAACAGUCAUCCAGAGAGACUAGCAGUAGUGGUUGCUCCCGAGUGGCGCAGUGGUCUAAGGCUGUGCCACUAGAGAUCCUGGUUCGAAUCCAGGCUCUG